AGAAGUAUAAAAGCCAUUGAUGACAAUGGAAGUUGAAAUAAUAUACAAUAAUUGCAUUAAACCCUCUUCACCAACACCCUUUCACCUAAAAAUCCAUGACCGUUCUCUAUUAGAUCAAUUAGCGCCUUUUAUUUAUUCUCCUAUGAUCCUUUACUAUUCCAACCCAGGUGCUUCCAAUAAAACAUUACUCCUAAAACAAUCAUUGUCUCAAACCUUAACAAAAUUUUAUCCACUUGCAGGGAAAAUUCGAGAUGAUAUGUCGAUCGAAUGUAAUGAUGAAGGGGUUUUAUAUUCAGAGGCUAGGGCAAGUGUUUCUCUAUUAGAAUUUCUCAAACACCCUAAUAUGAUCACAAAAAUCCAUGAAUUGUUACCAAUUAAAUCUCUAUUUCAUAUACCAACUUCAGGUUCUUAUGUUACAAUGAUUCAAGAAACAACCUUUGGUUGCGGUGGCUUCACCAUCGGAAUUAAUGUUCUACACUCGGUCAUGGAUGGUUGUGCUUUAUCUGCAUUUCUAAAAGUUUGGGGAGCCAUGGCUUCUAACGAAACUGAUAAGAAGAUGAUGAUCCCAAGUUUUGAUAGCCAAUCUAUUUUUCCAAAAUAUAAGGAUGUUCCGAAAGAUGUGACUAUUAUGGCUUUAGUGAGUUCAUUUAUCAGAGUUGAGAAAAUGAAUGCAGUACGAUUUGUUUUUAAUGGAUCCGCUAUUGCUAAUCUUCAAGAGAAAGUAACAAGCUCCGGUGUGAAAAAUCCUACUCGUGUUGAAGUUGUGUCUGCGCUUGUUUCUGAGAGAUUAAUGGCUGCUUUCAAGUCUAAAUAUGGUAAUAAUAAUAAUUAUAAUCCACUAGCAAUUAAUCAUGUUGUUAAUAUUCGACGUAAAACAUCUCCAACAAUCCCGGAGUGUUCAAUGGGGAACAUAGCAUGCUUAGCAGACACGAUAUUAUUCGGCGAAACACAGCUAAGUAGCUUAGUGUUUGAAUUGAAAGAAGCAAUUGCGAAGAUCAAUAGCGGUUAUGUGAAGAACAUACAAGGUGAAGAAGGAUCCUUAAAUUUCUUCAAGAAGAUUAAAGAGAUGAAAGAUGCAUUUACGAGCCCGUUAUUUUGUAGCGGUGUGGACUAUGUUAUGUUCACUAGUUGGUGCGGUUUCGGUCUUUACGAGGUUGAUUUUGGAUGGGGAAAGCCUGUUUGGACAACUUGUGGUGGUUCUUAUGGAAAUUUUAAAUCUCCAUUCUUCAAUCUUGUAGUUCUGAUGGAUGCAAGAACAAGAAAUGAUGGGAUAGAAGCAUGGGUUAUUUCAGAUGAAAGAACCAUAGUUGAAAUAGAAAAAGACGAAGAGCUUCUAAAAUAUGCUUACCUUAAUCCAACUCCCAUAUUUCAUUAA